AUGCAUCCUCCAAACGAUCAUCAUCACCAGCUGAAGACCGGACCCACAGCCCAUAACGCCAGCCAAAGCUCCGCAAAGCGCGGCUGGUCCUCUAUCAAACAGGACCUACUACCUCUAGCAGCCGCCCCAACGGAACAUCAGCCUUUGCUCAAGCGAGACUCAGUACUAUCAAUAUCAGAGCGCUCAAACCAGUCAUUCGCCGAAAAGUACGGCCGAUGCCACGAGAUAGUCCACUAUGGCUCAAACAGCACAACCCGCCUCCACCAAAACAAAACACAAGAUAAAAACAACAAGCUACUCGCAAUUAAAGUCUACCGACAACCCAUUCCCCCCUCAAGCUCCUCAAGCUCCUCACAAUCCACAUCCAUCCACCCAGACCACCCCAACAUCCUCCCCAUCCUGGACAUCCUCCACAAUGAGCGCUCAGAACUAUGCCUCGUAAUGCCAUACUGUGCAGGAGGUGACCUAGGCACCUACCUAUCCCGCAAGGCCCCCAUCCCCUCCCAAGAAGCCGAUUGCAUCAUAACCCAGAUCCUCCGCGCCCUCGCCCACCUACACAAAUACGAAAUCGCCCACCGCGACAUCCGCCUCGAGACAGUCCUGCUAACAGCCAGCGGUGCAGUCAAGCUGGCGGGUUUCGGCGAUGGCCAUAUCCGGCGCAUGUGGGAAGAGUCGGCGGUAUACAAGCACAAGGCCGCGCGAGAAACCCCUGCUCCACACCCACAGCAAACAAACCCACAGCAAACAACCUAUCCACAAGCUCCGUGGUCAUUCACGCUGCCGUGGCCGUUGAAUAAAUUGCCGCGCCAUCUCUCCUCUUUCUCCUGCGCUGCUUCGACGAAAUCAAAUAAGAUCGGCUUUGGGGGCGCGAGUAUUCCCUACACGCCUCCAGAAGGAUUCGCUCAUCUUGUGCAUCGUCGUAGCGAGUCGAAUAUCGAGUACGACGAUGUUGAUCCUCGGCCUGCGGAUGUGUGGGCCACAGCUAUGAUCUAUAUGGCGCUUGUUACGGGUCGGUUGCAGUGGCGUAGUGCUCGACCGCAUUGUGAGGAUGCGCGGUAUCUGCGGUAUCUUGAUGAUCGGGAUAGCAAGGAUGGAUACCCACCAAUUGAGUCGCUGGGACAUAGGCGACGAACUCCCAUCUACGCAAUGUUGCAUCCUUACGCUUGGAAGAGGAUUACUAUUAUGAAAUUGAUGCAGUCGGAGUGGAUAUCGGGCGUGGAGGUUUGUGAGGCGGGGGACAAGGGUCUUUGA